AUGGGGAUUUACAACCAAGGGAAACAGUCGCACACGAUAUACAGAGGUCGGUUCAAACAAUAUGUUUAAAGAGAAUUCUCGACUAAAUCAAUUUUAAUAUUUAAUUCCUUAUAUAUAUUUUGGAUAGAACCUGGAUUGUCAAAAGUCUUUGAGAAGGUAUAGACAUUAGACAGUGAACAUUACUGCAGUUGCAUGCCAUUUUAACACCUUGGUGCAAUAAUACACCAAAUUAAAGACGAGAUCAAGUCUAUUCUGCGCAUGUGUUGUGCGAGGGCCCUCCGAUGUAAACAAUACCAAAAUUUCGAGAGUGUUGUUUCGACAUCUUCUAAAUUGCAACUCUAAUCCAUAUUCAUUUAUAAGCAUAACAUAAAGAUGUUAGAUAUUAACUAAGUGCAUCCUAUCUUAUGAAUAUAGUGUCUUCAAAAUGUAAACUUGACAGCCUCUUUAAGUUACAAGGUUGUUCCAACAAGUCCGAUACAGUCAUGAUAUAACAGUAUUGUCACAACCUUGUGUCGUCAACCUUGUAACAUUCUUGUUAUAUCAUGACUGUAUCGGACUUGUCAGAACAAUCUUGUAACAAGUCUGAUCAUGCCAUCAAGCUUGUUACAAGUUGUUAACAGCUUGUUCCAAACUUAUUACAACAACUGGGAACAAGCAGUGCGAACACAACUUGUCGACAGCUUGUGAACAGAUUUGUAACAAAUUGUUUGCAGACUUGUAACAACUUGUGCGUUUUUACGUGUGUAUGUCAGAAGGUCUUGUGCAUGCUAGUACACACGCAAAAAUCUCCCAUCUUGUAACAAGUUUAGUGCCAACAAGCCGUCAACAAGAUGUAUUCGCACUGCUUGUCACAAGUUGUCAACAAGUUUGGAACAACUUGUUGACAACUUGUAUCAACCUUGUCGAAAUUAUGAGACUUGUUGCAAGGUUGUUCUGACAAUUCUGUCACAUGCUUGAUAUAAAAGAUUGUUACAACCUUGUGUUGACAACCUUGUAACAUCCUUGUUAUAUAAUGGCUGUAACAAACUUGUUAGCACAGUCUUGUAACAAGGCUGAUAAUGCCAUCAAUCUUGUUACAAGUUGUUAACAGCUUGUUUCAAACUUGUUACAACAAACUGGGAACAAGCAAUGCGAACACAACUUGUUAACAGCUUGUGAACAGACAAUACAAAAGCCGUUCUUUAUCCUUGACACAGCCCCUUGACCCUACGUGACGUCAUAUGAACCCUGGAAUUUGGGGUUAGUGUCACUUUAAGUUCCAACACUGAUACAGUGUGUAAUUGUGAUUUUAAGAUGUCAAGACAAUUGAAGGACAAGACAAAGGAAGAUAUGUCCAAAGUACUUGAUUGUUCAUCAUUUCAAAUCAAACCGUUGCAAGCUUGUAUCACAGAAACAACAUUGGAUGAUUUUGAUCUCCCAGAUUCAGGUAAACUUGUGUACUCACUGCCAUCUAGGAAUAAAACAUGGUCUUCCAUUGUAAGUAACGUAAUAAGCUGCCGAGUUUUGUGUCUGAACUACUUGAAAAUAUAUCUCAAACGUGGUAGUCCAGUGUAGGUAGUAUUCGGCAAUAAACUGUCGUGGUUUGUGUCUGAACUACCUGAAAAAGAUAUCUCAAACGUGGUGGUCCAGUGUAGGUAGUAUUCGGCAAUAAAGUGAAUAAACUGUCGUGGUUUGUGUCUGAUCUACCUGAAAAAGAUUUAUAAAAUAACAUGUAUAUAACGCGUGUUCUGAUUGGUCGAAACCCGUGUUUGGAUCAGGCCAUCUAAACACGGAAGACUAUCGUGUUGUUGUUAUUUUAUAAAACAAUUACUUUAUGGUUUCCGUGUUUGGAUGGCCUGAUCCAAACACUUGGGAAUGUUGCUCGAGUUAAGAAAAGCGGGCAAAAUCACUCGCCUUCGGCUCGUGCUUUCGCUCGCUUUUCUUAUCUCUCGCAACAUUCCCGCGUGUUUGGAUCAGGCCAUCCAAACACGGAAACCAUAAAGUAAUUGUAUAAUCUCAAACGCGGUGGUCCAGUGUAGGUACAGUAGUAGUCUACAAUAAGCUGUCGUGGUUUGUGUCUGAACUACGUGAAAAGAUGUCUCAAACGUGGUGGUUCAGUGUAGGUAGUAUGCUUUAUACCUGAUAAAACUCAUUUUCAUUAGUAUUCUUUAUAUAAAGUCAAUCCUCUUUAGUAUUCUUUGUAUAAAGAUUUCUAAUGAGACGGCAUCUAUUGUAGUCGUGUUUUAAGUCAUUAAUUUAUAGCACAUGCCGUGCACUCGCAUUUUAAAUAUGAUAAAACACUCCUACGCGUGCUUUAAAAAGUGUGUCUGAAUUACUUGAAAAAAAAAAUUCAACACUUGAAGUAAGUGUUUCAACACUUGAAGUAAGUGUUUUUUCUUUGAGAUACUUGAUAUCAGAAAAACACGACGAGACUGUUUUUGCAUACGGUGUGAUAAUAAUAUUGUUUACAUGUUCUUUGCCAGGAUCAAGUCAUCAUUCUCCAAAAGAUCUCAUGUGGUAUGUCGUUUUAAGUUCAAUUAUAUAGAGAAUAAUACAUGGGUGCUUGGAAAUACCAGAUUUAUUUUGAGUGUUGAACAUGAUAUCUCACGAGUGAGCGCAUGUUUAUUAUAUAAAGGACAGUCUUUGAAAAGCGAUAAUUUUUACAGAAAAGCGAUAAUUUUCACAUGUGAGAUUAUCAUGAAUAAUCUCACAUGUGAGAUUAUCACUUUUAUCAGGGCUCGAAAUCUCUAUAAAGCACUAUACUUUAUAUAAUAAAACUGUAUAGUAUGUCCUGCUUAGAUGUUUAGCGAGUAACUAUCAAUAAAUGGAAUGGCCCAACUAUAUGAAGCAACACUAGCACUAUUGAGCUUCCAUUUCAAAGAUAAUCUUAUAUUAUUUUGUUUUCCUUUUAAAGUGAUGUUGAUUUGGAUGCAACACGAACAAGUUCGUCUGUGGGAAGGUAAUUUUAAAAAUUGUCACCAACUUUAUUAGGCCAAAAAAACUAUGUGGGUUUCCUAUUUCUUCUUGUAAAAACAUAGCUAGGGAAAGUCGGUUUUAACUUUUUUUAAACCUCUUUUUAAAAUUUUCCUGUUAAGACUUAGGAAGAGAUUAUUUCGUUUGUUUAGUCAGCGCUUCCACAUCCAAAGAUAAAUUUCCUUAAUAUUGCCUGAAAUUUUCCUUUUCCACAAAUAUAUUUUCCUCUAAGUGGAAACACUUGCAAGCAUGAUCCAUUAAAAAAGUUUAGGAUCGGGAUUGCGGCGUCCAAAAGCUAGGUAGGGUCGGGAAACCGGAGACACACAUAUUUUUUGGCCUUAGCGGAGUCCACUUUGAGGUUCAAAUGUUACUACUGUGUAAUAUUUUUAAUUGUGAUGUAAUUGUUUUUUACAGCGCACAUAAUUCUAUCAAUGAACCUAACAAGGUGGAUGACAUCCCUGAAAGAAUGGAAUUAGCCUGUGAAGUAAAUUCAUUUCAGCCUUUGUACUGUAUAUUUCACAUGACGUUAAUAAAUUAGACAGUUACAGCCAUAUCGACUAUUUUUUUAUCCAGACAAGAAGGCCGAAAUCUAUCAUUAUAGCUUAAAUGAGCACCCUUAAAUUGGUAAAGGCCCUGUCACACUAUUGCGUAUGAGAGAAACGUAUGAG